AUGGGUCGAUUUCGUUCGGGCUACCGUCAGCCCUCAUCACUUCUGUAUGUGGGAAGCACUGCUGUCGGUGCAGCCAAGCGGCAUUUGAACCGCAUGGCAGUUUACAGAAGACUUCAAAGAACCGAAUUUGUGGAUGCAGAAUUGUCCCUGAGAUAUUGGGCAUCCCAACAGAACCUUUUCCAGUUUGUGCUUGUUCCGCUGGAAUUUUGUGACAGCUACCAGCGAGCUUGGACUGUUGAGCACGAACUCAUUGCUCAAUGGCAGGCACCUUUGAAUUAUCCCAGAGCAAUGUCUUUCAUUAAGAAGACCGCUCUCGGUUUCCGGAUUUCGUCCAAACGCAGAGGGUCAUUGUAUUGCACCUUUGGCCUCCGACUUUGGCGCAAACUGCGAAAGCGCAUGUUUGGUCGCAGUUCGAAAUUCUUCAUUCAUGACUCUCGGGAGUUAGCCUGGGGGCUUCUGUUUAAGCUGGCAUCGAGAACCCGAGCAUCCUUUGAAACAGCGAAGCUGCUCCGAUCCAACAAGACGGCUGACGAGGAAGUGUAUGCCCUCAUCAAGCUCAGUCGCAAUAUCGAAAACCCUCAUCGCAACAGGGUGCAAGGAAUACUCAAAGGUGUAAUCAAGUUUCGCAAGAAGAUGCACUGGCCACGGACUUCCCGACCUUUGGGAGUCCUGCCAACUGCGUCUCCUUCGUUUUCCAAGGAGUGCGAGAAGUGGUUAAAAGACCUCAUCCUCCGGUACAAGUAUCUUUUUCCAUCUUUUCAUGUUCCAAAGAACAGCCUACGUGAAGUUCCGCACCAGAGUAUCAAGAAAUUUCUCCACAACUUCCGAUCUUGGGAAGAAACGAUGUGGGAGCACGACUUUGAUUUGGAGUCGGUGCACUGUCCGUGUGAGCAGUUUGCAGGAAAACUUCCUGCUCAUUGCUUCGUGUCUGGCCACGUAGCCACAGGUUUAGAGAACCUGACCAAGCUACUACCAGGCUGUUCGAGCAUCUUAUCGGCCAGUGCCGCGAGCACCUUUUUCCCAGGCCGCAAUCACUGGAUGGCCAAGUCCAGAGCUCUGUUUGAUCAGUGGCUCAAGAGACACAAGCUACCAGCGACGUUGCAUCCAAUUUUUCAAUCCUUUUGCGAUCACCAGUGGCAGCAACACGUUGCAGCCCUGGAACAAUCAGACAGACUACACUGGGCUUUGGUACAGAAGGUGAAGUCUGCCUUGCACUCGGAUUUUGUUCUGUACAACGAAGAUCAUCAUCCGAAUCAUGUCGUGUGCUAUUGUCCUCGCUUCUUCCUUCGAGGAGUCAGCACCACAUGGAACGAUCCCUCUGUGUUUCGUACUCUUGAUGGUACCCCUGAAGAAUGGAGACAGCGCAUUUUGAAGCGCGUUCCUCGAGAUCUGUCCAGAAGAUACGCCUGGGCCUUCAAAGAAGCAGCUCCGCUGCCCCAAGGCACUGUGUUCCUGAAACGGAAGAAACAGUUUGCCAAGGGACGGACCAUCAUUUCGUAUUCCAAUUCGUUGUGCAGCAAGCUAUUGGAGCUGACUUCCAUUGCGUUAACCUUAAUGGUCAAGACGCUGUUUGCUGACAGCCCAGGCAUGCAGAGCAUGCCACAACUCUGGAAGUCUCUUCAUGCUUAUUGGGCGAAGCCCAGCCAAGAGGAAGACGUCGAAUGGAACGACGAUCUCGUGGGAUUUUUCAACGCAGUUCCCCGAAAAGACAUCAUGCACGCAGUGCAUUUGAUUGUCCAGGAAUACUGCCAAACUUCUGGCUGUUCGAUCCUUUCGAUCGAUAUGUUGUCAAAAACGGGACACCCGGGCAAACCUCGGGGGAGAACGAAAUCAAACUUAAAGAGGUGUUGGGUUUCCGAUGUUCCGCUGAUUGUGGAUCUAUCCUUCGCCACGGGCGUUUUGACAGCUGCUGGAAAGUGCAGGCAGCAAGUGGAGGGGACGUGUGUAGGCAAUCAAAUAGCUCCGAUCCUCUCCGGACUUCCUGUAAUCCUGGCCGAGCGGCAGUUUUUGCAAUCCUUGCCAACAGCCAUCCAAUCGUCUUUCUUGUUUCUCCGUUACGUCGAUAACAGACUGAUUCUGGGACCUCAGAAAAUUCUACUAUCGUCCCAACUCCGGAGAUUCUGCGAUCCCAACUUUUAUGAUGGGACUCAGUUGGAAACUGUGUCAGACCAUCAAUGGUUGGGCUUUACCAUUUGUGCCAAGACUCGCUCAGCAACUUUUAAUCUCCCGGAGCAACCGUGGCAGAUCCGCUCGCCCAACAGUGCUGGAUCGUGGCAGCUGGCAGCCUCGGGAUACUUUUCUCGAGCAUCUUUGAUUCGCCAGUAUUCCUGGAAGCUAGUAGAGCUCGGUCGGUUUCGGUACACCCACCACCUCGAGCUCCGCUUCCAAUUCAACUCACACCGGGUGAGCCGGCCAUGUCUACUCACCCCAGCCGUGAGCGUCAUGAUCGCAGUCGCUCGAGACGACGACGGCGUCGACAUCAUCGGCAUGAACGUCACCCUGAGGGACCUCCCGCGGCCCCAGUUCGACCAGUUCUGCCUCCCCCUCAGCCUCCUACUCGACCACCAACAAGGUCGGUCAGUGCAGUUCCUCCGAUGCGCCCACCUUUUCGUUCUGCCAGCUUAG